AUGAGCACAACCGAGCCUAGCAAAGAUGAUGUGGUCAAGUCGCCGGACGUCGAAAGAGCGAAAGAUAGCGCCGAUUUUGCAGAUGGACAGGAACUCAAGUUUACCCCAGAAGAGGAAGAAGCUUUAGUGAAAGAGUCCACUGCAACCAAAGACGAGGCGAACACGUUGUUUGCCGCCAAGAAGUACCAAGAUGCUUUGGAUAAAUACGACGAUGCAAUCAACUCCUGUCCUAAAUACCUACAUUAUCCACGCGCAGUCAUCUACAGUAACAUUGCCGCCUGCCAUAUCCAACUUGAAGACUGGAAAGAGGCCAUAAAGUCAGCAUCUGGUUCUCUAGAAGCUCUGGAAAAGCUUGAGCAGAGUGACCCUCGACUGAGUCCUGAGGGCAAAAAGUCUGAUGAAAAGAAAGAGAAGAAGGAAGACGAUGAUGUCGAAGAGGAGAUAAUCAGCAGUGGUGCUUCACGUGCCGCACCGAUUCCCAGUACCGAUGAUGAGGAGCUCAAGACACUUCAAGCCAAUAUUCAGCGCAUUCGAUGCAAAGCUCUUAUGCGAAGGGCUCGCGGUCGUUCAGAGGCUGGCGGAUGGCAUAAUCUUGCCGGCGCAGAAGAAGACUGUAAAGCCCUCGCCGCGAAGCCUGAAAGCUUGGCUCCAGCAGACCUUCGAGUAGUUCGGAAGCAAUUACGAGACUUACCUCCCCGCGUCAAAGCAGCACAAGAGAAGGAGAUGGGCGAGAUGUGGGGUAAGCUGAAAGACCUUGGAAAUGGCAUCUUGAAGCCAUUUGGAUUGAGCACAAACAACUUCCAGAUGGUCAAGGACGAGAAGACCGGAGGCUACAGUAUGAAUUUCCAGCCUGGAGGAAGCUCUUAA